AUGGCGAAUGGUGCAAGUGUCAUAAUUGGACUCGUAUUCGCGAUCCUGGCCAGUCUCUGCGCCUGGUUCUUUGCGCCAAAGGGUGAUAAUCAGACUCUCAUCCUCGCCUUUUCAGCUUGUUAUAUUAUGUGGGCUAUCACAUUCCUCGCACAGUGGCACCCUCUUAUUGUGCCUACGAGAUCAGAUAUGCGUCCUGGUCGGGUGCCGGAGUAG